UUUCCGCGAAAAGCCACGAAGUGCAAACUCGUUCUACUGUAACUGUACUGAAGCUCCACCAUUGGCUCCAACUGUCCGUCCGCCGGGGAAAGGAGGCGGUGGAGGAGGAGGGGUGUGUGGAUUUGCUGAAUGACGGCUCGGUGUGUGUUGACACUUGAGAACCGCUACAGCCUACGGGACAUGCACAGGCCUACCUACGUUACAUGUCCACCUUGUAAAGAUAAGAAGAAGCGUCUAAUUCUUGCAUUUAACAUCGGGAAAUGUUGAUGAUAGUGCGGGAACUGCGCGACGGGGCUACACGGAGUCGAGGCGGAGCGGACGUUUUCGCAGGUUGAUGAUCCUCUUUCGGCACCGAGGAGAAGAGCCAACACAAGUAAAUACAUGGUGUUAGUCUUUAUAGGCGGUUAGGCAGGCUUGCAUUAAAAGGAAGGAUAGGCGGUGCGAGCUAAUUCCUGGAAAUAUAGACCUCCGGCCAGAAUGACACACGCUAUGUUUGCAGGUUGGAGUUUAUUCGCUGAAGUUGGGGCUGCGAGCAGCGUGUAGGAAGCUUGUGUGCCAGGAAAAACACCAUCCGUCUUUCACGUUUGACAGAUAACCAAUCAAAGCUGUUAUUCAAAUCGGUGCUCUUAUGUCAGCGACCUAUAUCUCAUGCAUGUGCGCCAAAAGCCCACAGUAGCCUCUCCGCCAGACCAGACAGCAUGGGGACCAACGGGCUAGACAACCAAGCGCAGCCGUCCGACGGAGAGUCACGGACGGAACAGCCGGCUCCAGGUCCUCAGAUGGAGCAGAGGGAUGCCCCUCAAGACCUAGACACGAGAAAGCAUGACCAGGCGGACGGCAGCGAAGGUAAAAUCGUGAAGGAGGACAGCAAUACGCAGCUGAUCGAGACCGGCUGCAAGCCACCCCUCACGCCGGGUUCCGACUUCGAGGCUAGGGUGCAGGUAGAGAAGCCCGGCCACGGAGCUGGCUUCGUCCCACCCGAAGGUGGUUUCGCUGGCUGGCUGGUGGUUUUUGCUGCAACCUGGUGCAACGGGUCAAUCUUCGGAAUUCACAACUCCUUCGGGAUUCUGCACAUGAUGCUGGUGAAGGAGCACACAGACCCUGCAGACCAAACAUCCCAGUUCAAAGUGGCCUGGGUUGGGGCCCUGGCCAUGGGCAUGAUCUUCUUCUGUUCACCUGUGGUCAGCAUGUUCACAGACCACUUUGGCUGUAGGAAGACGGCUGUGAGUGGGGCGGCACUGGCUUUUAUAGGACUGCUCAGUACAUCGUUUGCAAAUUCCUUGAUCCUUCGUUACUUCACAUACGGCAUAUUGUUUGGCUGCGGCUCCUCCUUCACCUUCCAGCCCUCGUUGGUCAUCCUGGGCCACUACUUCCGCCAGCGCUUGGGUCUGGCCAAUGGUGUGGUGACGGCUGGUGCCAGCCUCUUCUCUAUGGGCCUUCCGGUGUUACUGAAAGAGGUGGUGGAACCUUUGGGCCUCAGCAGAACAUUCCAGAUCCUCAGCGUCUUCAUGCUGAUCCAGGCUCUGCUGGCGCUAAUGUUCAAGCCUCUGAUCCCUGCUGGGGGAGACAUGGGCCCCCAAGGAAUAGGCCCCGACCAUGCCGAAUCCCAAACUCAAGCUAAUGCUCAAGGUGGAGGCAGGUGGAGCAGGGCGAUAACCACCAUCAGGAAGUACUUCAAUUUGCGUGUGUUUCACAUCGUCACAUACCGAGUGUGGGCAUUUGGAGUGGCUACAGCUGUAUUGGGCUAUUUCGUGCCAUAUAUCCAUCUGAUUAAUUUUGUAAAAGAACAGUUCAAGGGCACUGAAAAGGAGUGGGUGCUCCUUGUUUGCAUAGGAGCAUCAUCAGGGGUGGGACGCCUCACUUUUGGAAAGAUCGGGGACCUCAUUCCUGGUCUACGGAAAGUCUACAUGCAGGUGGUCUCCUUCAUUGUUCUUGGCCUGAUGUCCAUGAUGAUUCCUCAGUGCUCGAUGUUCGCCGGGCUGGUGGUCGUGUGUGUGUUUCUGGGACUGUGUGAUGGAUGCUUCCUCACCAUGAUGGCUCCCAUAGCUUUUGAGCUUGUCGGGCCCAUGCAAGCCUCGCAGGCUAUAGGUUACCUUCUAGGCCUCAUGUCUAUCCCUAUGACUGCAGGUCCACCUAUCGCUGGUCUCCUGCAUGACUAUUUUGGGAAUUACACAGUGGCCUUCUCCCUGGCUGGUGUGCCUCCGAUGGUGGGGGGCGUGGUGCUGUUCUUUGUGCCCCUGAUCCACCACAGGCUCCAGCGAGGUCAGGCAUCACCAGAGGAGACCUCCACAACUGCCCACAUGUUGCCCAGCGCCCCACCGGCCGAGGAGCCCAAGAGCUGCUCCAAUGGAGACAUCCUGCCCGGCUAUACAGAUGUAGAGACACACAUCUGAUCGCAUCAUACAAAGGGAUUCAGCCCACCAGCACCUUUUCUCAUCCAUAAUCUGUCCUCCACCUAACCAGAAGUCUCAACUGUGGAUUUCCUGUUGGCUGAUCUUUAACCUGCAACCCUCCAAGACCCCCCUCUUUGGC